GGCCCGGGAGUCGCUACCGCCGCGGCCGCCGCCUACAGAGCCUGAGUCGCGCUGGGUGCUGCCGGCACGAUGCGUCCGGGGCCCGGAGGCUGCUGCUGCCGCCGCCCGCUGCGGCCGAACGGCUGCGUGGCCAACGGAGAAGUGCGGAACGGCUACGUGCGGAGCAGCGCCGAUGCCGCGGCCGCCAGCGCCGGCCAGAUCCAUCAUGUUAUGCAAAACGGAGGACUGUACAAAAGACCAUUUAAUGAAGCCUUUGAAGAGACUCCGAUGCUGGUCGCCGUGCUCACGUACGUGGGAUAUGGUGUGCUCACCCUCUUUGGGUAUCUCCGCGAUUUCUUGAGGCAUUGGAGAAUUGAAAAAUGUCACCAUGCAACAGAAAGAGAAGAGCAAAAGGACUUUGUGUCAUUGUAUCAGGAUUUUGAAAACUUCUAUACAAGGAACCUCUACAUGAGGAUCAGAGACAAUUGGAAUCGGCCCAUCUGUAGCGUGCCUGGAGCCACGGUGGACAUUUUGGAGAGACAGUCUCAUGACUACAACUGGUCAUUCAAGUAUACAGGGAAUAUAAUUAAAGGUGUCAUAAACAUGGGUUCCUACAACUACCUUGGAUUUGCACGAAAUACUGGGCCCUGUCAAGAAGCAGCUGCCCAAGUCCUAGAGGACUAUGGAGUUGGCGUUUGCAGCACACGGCAGGAAAUUGGAAACCUUGACAAGCAUGAAGAACUAGAGAAGCUUGUGGCAAGGUUCUUGGGUGUAGAAGCUACUAUGGCGUAUGGCAUGGGAUUUGCAACAAAUUCAAUGAACAUUCCUGCUCUUGUUGGCAAAGGUUGUCUGAUUCUGAGUGAUGAACUGAACCACGCCUCCCUGGUUCUAGGAGCCAGGCUCUCGGGAGCAACCAUUCGAAUCUUCAAACACAACAAUAUGCAAAGCCUAGAGAAGUUAUUGAAAGAUGCCAUCGUUUAUGGUCAACCUCGAACACGAAGACCCUGGAAGAAAAUUCUCAUCCUUGUGGAGGGAAUCUAUAGCAUGGAAGGAUCAAUUGUCCGUCUCCCAGAAGUGAUUGCCCUGAAGAAGAAGUACAAGGCGUACUUAUACUUGGAUGAAGCGCACAGCAUCGGGGCGCUGGGCCCGACUGGCCGCGGCGUGGUUGAGUACUUCGGCCUGGACCCCAAGGAUGUGGACGUCAUGAUGGGCACAUUCACCAAGAGCUUCGGUGCUUCCGGAGGUUACAUUGGCGGCAAGAAGGAGCUGAUCGACUACCUCCGAACCCACUCUCACAGCGCCGUGUACGCCACAGCCCUGUCUCCGCCGGUGGUAGAGCAGAUCAUCACCUCCAUGAAGUGCGUCAUGGGGGAGGACGGCACCACCCUGGGCAAAGAGUGUGUGCAGCAGCUAGCGGAGAACACCAGGUAUUUCCGGCGACGUCUGAAACAGAUGGGCUUCAUCAUCUAUGGCAAUGAAGAUUCCCCAGUGGUGCCUUUGAUGCUGUACAUGCCAGCAAAAAUUGGCGCCUUUGGACGGGAGUUGCUGAAGCGCAACAUUGGCGUUGUGGUGGUGGGAUUCCCGGCGACCCCCAUCAUUGAGUCCAGAGCCAGGUUUUGCCUGUCAGCGUCUCAUACCAAAGAAAUGCUCGAUACAGCGCUCAAGGAGAUCGAUGAAGUUGGGGACCUGUUGCAGAUCAAGUAUUCCCGGCACCGGUUGGUUCCUCUCCUGGACAGACCCUUUGACGAGACAACGUAUGAAGAGACGGAAGACUGAGCCUUUUUGGUGCUCCCUAGAGGAACUCGCCCUCACUCCGGACACUGCGUGGCCUUUCUGAGCCAGUGCCAGGAGCCACCCUUCCGUGGCCGUCUCCACUGAAAGACACUUCCUCAGCUACCGACGGUGGCCACCUCCCCUCUCAGUGGCAUUUUGUAAAUAGUGAAAAUGACUUCACCUCCUUCCUUUGCUACAUUUCACCUUUUUUUUUUAAAAAAAAAAAGGUGAAUUCACUGGCAUUUUUUUUUUUUUGGUCCAUUAA